UACGGAAGUUCGUCCUUCAAAGCGGAAGUGAAGGCCAAGGCCCGUUGACUAGAGACGCUUCAGGCAGCAGGAGGGGAAUUUUAUCUCAGCCUGACAGCCAGGGAUUUGACAGAAAGAGAAAAGCGCCGCACUCAUAUCUCAAGGAUUGUUCAUCCAGUAGGGGCCAUCUCUCCAUCUUUAUCUCCCUUUCUCACCCUGAUUCUCUCUCUCUCUUAAACCCAUCCUCCCCUGAGCUCCAUUGAUCCUGGUUCAGGACCCCUGUCAUAUCCAGCGAGGACCCCUCUCAGAUCCAGUCAGCCCUCUCCUCUCCUGUUGUCCGGCCUGUUGGCAUGGCGGGGCGAGGUGGACCAGCGCGGACCAAUGGUGCCGCCCCCGUCGGGAACAAAAUAUGCCAGUUCAAACUGGUCUUGCUGGGAGAGUCUGCCGUGGGCAAGUCCAGCCUGGUGUUGCGUUUUGUUAAAGGCCAGUUCCACGAGUAUCAGGAGAGCACCAUUGGAGCUGCUUUCCUCACACAGACAGUCUGCCUGGAUGAUACAACAGUAAAGUUUGAGAUUUGGGACACAGCCGGACAGGAGCGAUAUCAUAGCCUGGCCCCUAUGUACUACAGAGGAGCCCAGGCAGCCAUUGUCGUCUAUGACAUUACUAACACAGACACAUUCACUAGAGCAAAGAACUGGGUGAAGGAGUUGCAGCGUCAGGCGAGUCCAAAUAUCGUUAUUGCUCUGGCUGCCAACAAGGCAGACCUGGCCAACAAGAGAGCUGUUGACUUUGAGGAGGCGCAGGCAUACGCAGACGACAACAGCCUACUCUUCAUGGAGACGUCUGCAAAGACCGCCAUGAACGUGAACGAGAUCUUCAUGGCUAUCGCCAAGAAGCUUCCGAAGAACGAACCGCAGGGUGGAGCAGGGAGUGGCGGACGGGCCAGAGGAGGGGUCGACUUACAGGAGACAGCACCUCAGGGCAGAAGUGGCCACUGCUGUGGAGGCGGCAACUAACCAUCGGACCAAUCAGCUGGCAGAUGCACCCAAGGACUGAUACAGACACACAAACACAGUAUGAAUCCAUAGUGUGAGAUCCAUUCACUUAUGACCCAGCUCUAAACUAUGGCCAGUUAGACUGUACCAUACAGCUUCAGAACUGGAAACUGGCCAUUGAUACCCUUGUAAAUCAACACGUUAAUGUUUCGACCAGUUAUUCCUCCCAAAAACAGUACAUGCACAUUCAUAUACAAACACAAGCUACGACAUGUCUCUGCCAUCUAUGGUUUUCAAAGUUAUUCGAUUUGUCUUGUGUAGAGUUUGACAAAGCAAAAGGAGACAAACGUGAUCAGAUCUAACCAAUCACACUUUAGACAAAAGAAAUUCCAGACUGCUGCUGGUGGAAAAACAAGUUGUCUCUCCUUUGUAUUUCCUUAUCCUCAUUUGCUCGUUUGAAUGAAAAAUUUAGUGGCGAUGCCACUAUUCAGACUCGCUCUCCCUUUUGGUGGAUGCAUACUGCCAGUAUUGAGUUACACCUCAUCUUUCUCCUGCUCUCCUUGAUCACAUGCCUCCUUUGUCGGAGAGAGGAAAGAUCGGAGAUUGAGAAAACAGGCUAUUUUCCAUCUAUGUCAGGCUGUUCUGUAGAUCCUGUAUUAUUUCUAUUGUAUUAGUCUCUCA